GUGGUUGCUGCUGCGAUCGCCAGUGUCUGUAGGAGGAGUUUGGGUGAUCGGAUGUAAGUGCUUCUGUGUUUGUCACUUGCAGCACUAAGCCUCCUCUGAAAAUGAAGUGCCGUUAUUCCUUACAAUGGGACGCAAGGAAUAGCAACCGGGGUCUCUAAUGAAGAACGGUAAAGAUGGACAGCUUUCCAUACACGACCUGAACAAACUGCGAUAUUAUUUAUUUGGGUUUAAGUCUCGGCUAGCCGUGUCCACAGCAUCAUGGCACCGUGCACUUUGAUAUACCGAGCGGGUCUUUUUCUAGUGAUGGUGCUCGGUCUUUUUAAACCUCUCCGUGCCGAAGCACACACUAUCAGCACCGAUGUAGACACGAUUGCAUCUAGUACUGAUCUCUCUGAUUUUAAUCCAAAUGUUACGGACGGUUUGAGCGGUAGCACGGAUUUGCCAUCGGAACCUGGCAUUAGUUCCAUAACCGCCUCACCUAGCGCCUCCGAAGCAGGCUGGGGCGACUCCACAGCAACCGGCGGGACUGACUCCAUCUCCGGCUUUUCAAAGGAUAAGGAGCCGCUAGAAGAAGCCAGUACCGCCACCGGACAAAGUGGGCAGUCCAGCACCUUCGCUGAUCUAGAAAGCUGGGAGUCCCCCUCUCAGACUGACAGCACUUACAUUUCUACAACCUUCACAAGAGCCGGGGAGAGGACUUUGUUAUCCGUAAGCAUGAAUAGCACAUCUCCCUAUACUGGGGUCUCUGACUCCUCACAGCCUGCACAGGCUGAUACCACAGAAGUCGAGCCCAGUGAAAGUGGGGAAGGCAGCUCCCCUAAACAAUCCGAGUUUGUGGUAACUUCCAUAGGACCCGCGUCUAGAAAUACUUCUGAAGGGCUGAUUGAGUCCACCACCGAGCUCUCACAGAACGAAACAUCAAGUGGUAGCUUUCUAAAUGUAACACAGUCAUCCACUGACACCACGUCAGUCAGCACGCCCAAUACCACUUUACCUUUCACUUCUUCAAGCAGUAAAAACACCACCACCAGCAACACUUCUAAACAGACGGAUGCUGCUGGUACGUCGCAGUCUUCCUCCACCGAAACCACAUCUUCCUCAUCGUCUUCAUCCACCUCAGAGUCGCUGCCGCCAUCAUCUUCUGGUGACAGUGUUACAAACGGCACGCAGUUUUCGAGCGACUCCUCAGCGGCUCCUGUCACAGACACAGCCGUUGUCACUGAAUCUUCGUUUACCGGGACGGAGGAUUGCACAGAGAAGCCCCUGUCGCACACUGUAGAAAACAGCACCAGCUUGGCUGUGACCGCUGUCCCGGACGUGCAGACAGACACUGAGAGUCCGCUUGACAACUCUUCCACCGAUCUCAGCUCCUCCGGUCGCACAUCCACUAACAGCUCUUCCGAGGAGCCUUUUCCUACCGAAACCGACAGCACGGCUGAAACGACGGACAUCCUCGCUACAACCCUGGGGGGAAUCACACACAGGACAACAAUCUCCGAUGACACCACACAGCUGACUAGCACCGCUUCACCCAUGACAACCCAUCCCUAUCUGCCCAGCACAACGGAGGAGUCUGAAACCGACGGAACUACUCCUUUCACAACGCAAACGACUUUUGAGCCUCAGACGACCGGCGGCACUUCAGAACAUCUUACAAGGACUGACGGUGCAAGCACUGAUAGCUCCACAAGCCCUAGUGCUUUCUACACUGAUGGGACAACUCUAGUGUUUGAAACGAGCACUGCCACCCCAGGAAAAACCUCAGAAAACAACGAGCCCAUCACCAUUACUUAUAGGACAACUGCGCCUAGCAUGACUACUGAAACGCUACCAACAACCACACAACUGACUGAAAAGGCAACGACAGUGGUCCAAGUUACCAGUACCAAAGUGUUAGUGACUACCACAGUUACACCAGUGAGUAUAUGCAAACAACACCCUUGCACCAACAAUGGAAUGUGUGUCAUUGAGAAUGGAGGCCGUCGCUGUAGUUGUCCACCGGCCUGGCAAGGGGAUGACUGCAGUGAAGAUGUGGACGAGUGUUUGUCUAGUCUGUGCCCAGCGGACUCCACCUGUGUCAAUACCCACGGUUCUUUUACCUGCGAGUGUCCGCUAGGCUACACCCUGGAGGAAGGAAGGAGAUGUGCACUUGCCAGGACAUUCCUAGGCACUUUCCUUCCAAACAACACAAAUAUCCGGAUUACAGAAACUCAGGAAAUCCAAAGAGAAUUACUACACAUGCUCAACACAUCUCUCUCCCACUUUAGAGGCUAUUAUAGAUCCACAUUUACUAUUGCCAGGGAGGCUGAUUGGCUGAACAUUUCUGCUGUGAACUUGUUUUCCAUCGCCUCUAAUGUGACCUCACAGGAAGUGCUUGCCAGUGUGCAGCAGUACAUGAGAAAGUGGAGCCCUACGAAUGAGCACAGCGACUUUCUACACAGCCUGGCCUACACAGCUGUAAGUCUGUGCAGCCUCAAGGUCCCUCGGUGCGACUUGGAUACGUCUCAGUGUUCUGAUGCCUAUGGGAUUGCAUUCUGUCAGUGCAAGCCGGGCUACUUCAAAUACAACGACAACGAUCACUCCUGCAGAGCAUGUGAUGAUGGUCAUAAACUAGAAAACGGUACCUGUGUAAGCUGUCCGUUUGGUUUCGGUGGAUUUAACUGUGGAAACCCUUACAAAUUGAUCACUGUGGUAUUGGCAGCUGCUGGUGGAAGUCUGCUGUUAAUUCUGGGAAUAUCUCUCAUAGUUAUAUGCUGCAGGAAGGACAAAAAUGAUAUCAGUAAACUAAUCUUCAAGAGCGGAGAGUUUCAAAUGUCCCCGUACGCCGAACAUCCCAAGAGCAACAGGAUUUCAGUGGAGUGGGGCAGAGAAACCAUAGAAAUGCAGGAGAACGGCAGCACCAAAAACCUCUUACAGAUGACAGAUAUAUAUUACUCUCCUGGCCCCAGGACCCACGAAGUGGACAGAAACGGCCUCUUGCCUUACACUGGUUUACCUGGCUCUCGACAUUCUGCCAUCAUCUACCCGGGACAAUACAACCCUUCUUUCACCGGCGAUGAAGCGCGGAGGAGAGACUACUUUUAACAAUGACAACAAUUAGAGAUGUAUUUCUGCCAGGGUCUCUUUAGAAAAGAGAAACGAAAAUAAGCCCAGUUUGUGGAUUUUCCUUUGAGAAUUGGAUUUAUCUGAGUCAGAAUGAAGCCUAACUGGAGUGGUGGUUUCAGUGUUUGAAUCUGCACUGUGAGAGAACGCUGCUGAAUGCUGCCGUGAAGGACGGUGCAUCUGAAGGAAGAACACGGCACCACCCUUUUGAUGCGAGUUGAGUGAAGAAUGUGGAAAGAAUUGCUGGAUUGCAAAGGUUUUAAAGAGUAAGUAGCGGGGUUGCGAAAAAUAUAGCUUUCUACAUCCCCACGCUACAACUUUUAAAUAAGGUACCUGGAAUUUUUAUUUUCAUUGUUAACAUCCUGACAACUUUUUAUACUUCUAGCUUUCAACUCUCUUUUUAAAGCUGUUUUUAAAAUGGCCGCUCCAGUGCACUGGGGUUUGAGAUUUCUCCUCUAAAUCACUGCAGGAAGUGUGAUAACAAAAAAACAACAACCCAACAUAACAAGUGCUCUGGCUUUUCUGUGCUGUAGCACAUCAUGGAUCGUUAUUGCUGUUACCUGUUUGACAAUGUGGGCAAUAACCCUUAUACUAUCAGUGCACUAGAGCGGACAUUUUGAAAAGAGCUUUGAAACAGAGCUUAAAAGUUCUAAGUGUAAAAAGUUGUCAGGAUGUUAACAAUGAAAAGACAAAUGACGCUAUAUAUUUCAGAACCCCGCUACUUUUUAAGGAAGGUUCUUGAGUCUUUAUUUUAUCACAAGGCUUCAAAAGGAAUAAGAGGCUCCUGAUUAUUAUUAUUAUUUAUUUCUUAGCAGACGCCCUUAUCCAGGGCGACUUACAAGAUAUCACAUUAUUUUUACAUACAAUUUCCCAUUUAUACAGUUGGGUUUUUACUGGAGCAAUCUAAGUAAAGUACCUUGCUCAAGGGUACAACAGCAGUGUCCCCUACCAAGUAUUGAACCCACGACCCUCCGCUUAAGAGUCCAGAGCCCUAACCACUACUCCACACUGCUGCCCUGAUUAGCCCUGAGUUAGCCCUCUGACGCAGGCACGUUACUCGCUUUGUGCAACACGUUUCCUUUCAAUUACUACAGUACACAGAGACUCAACUUUCACCCUGCAACACUUUGAAACACUUUGUUUUGUUUAAUAUGAUUUCUUUGUAAAUUAUAACUUUUAUUUUAUGAUACUCAAAAUGCCUUCGCUAAUAAUAAAUGUUUAUUUUUUCUGGGUUUUUUUAUACAUGUUUUAAUGUAAUUUAUAUGAAUUGUUUUCUGUGACCAGAUUUCUUCAAGGGUUAUUUAACCCCUGUUGAAUUUCAUCUCAUUGUAAAUACUUCCCUCUUGUUGAUCCUUAGGUUCCAAGAAUCUUAAUCUCUGCCUGCUUUUCAAAAGUGGACCUCUUCAGAACAGCUAAUAAAUCAGUCAUUUACAAAUACUUUUUUCAGGACACACUAAUAUUUAUUUACAGCCAUAUUCCCUCAAAGACUAUUCACAUGUGUUACAGUAAAAUGAAAUAUGACAGUGUUCUGGACCCAAAAGUAAACGGUAGCACGAUAGUGAUCUGGACACGUCUAUGUUUUGUGUUUGUUUACCAUAUAACUGGACAAUUGUUGUAGAAUGAUUAUAUGUUAUUUCUAUGAUGUUCCAUUUAAAAUCGUAUUCAUGGCUGGCCAGUAUUUGAAAAGGUGUUCACCUUGUGGACUAGGGACUAGUCAUUGAAAGAUGUUGCCAUAUAAAGUCAUUGCCCCAUGGGCAUCCCAUAUGUGUUUAAGUUGGGUUUUUUUUGUCUUCAAAUAUCCAAUAAAAAGAAAAAAAUAUAUAUUAUUUGAGAUGUAUAUUUCCAGAUGUUAAGUAUUCUCAAUUUAUUUUCUGGAAAAAAAAAAAGAAUCUUGUUUGUAAAUGAUCUAAUAAUUGAUUCUGGCGUUGUAGUCAGCCUAUAAAAACAAAAAAUAAAGAAAUAAUGGUAACUAUU